CGUCAUUGGCUGCAGCCACAGAGCGUCGCGCAGCACGUGUUCUCUGAUUUGUCCCGGCCACAAGUAGCGCGAGCGGAGCGGUCCGACGAUGUCGCGUUGUUGUGGCGGUGGCGACGAGCGCUGCCGUUGAAGGCGGGUCUGCUACGCGUGUUCGCGCGGCGACGCGGCCGUGUCUGUGUGCGUGUUCGGUGCGGUGGCGUGUGUGCGGGCACGAUGCCGCAUGGCAGCGGCGGAGACGACUUGGCCUCCUCGGACGAAAUCAAAGUGUUUAAAGAUGAAGGCGAAGAGGAGAAGCGCUCCUCGGAGAACUUGACGGACCUCAAGUCCAGCCUGGUAACUGAAGGCGAGGAGGUAAGUGCCGCCGUCGCCGCUGCCAGGACCUCGGCUUGCCUCGCCGCGUCGUGCCACGCUGACUUUGGAGUAUCUCGGCUGCAGCAAGACGCGUCGACCGCGAGGGGCCUGACGCCGACCUCGGGUUUGUGCCGGUUUUUGCAGGAGAAGAUAGUGGGCCUACCCGGGCAAGCGACCUCCGGCUACGCUUCGCCGAAGCCCACGCGGUCGGACGCCUUCGGUUCGCUAUUCGGAAAAUCUUCGUUCGAACCCAUUCCGGGGCCCUUUGGAUAUGUCGUUCCUCCCUACCACAACGGAGCCCUCGGCGCCGCCGUGUCAAUGGCGAGCAAGGGUCCGAUGGUGGCCUCGCCCCACCCGGGGUCGCCGCUCAACUUCAUGGUCUACAACGAGCCCUUCUCGCAGCCACCGCCCGCUCAUAUGGGCAUCCCACCGGUCCACAUCGAUCCCAAGACGGGUAUCCCGAGGCCAUCCGUGUACCCGCUCACCUCACCGGGCCAGUACACGCAUAGCAUGUUUUCCCAGGAGUUUGCGCAACAACUGCACUGGCACUCGGCAGCUGCUGGCAUGUACCCAAUGCCCCCGAUGGCUUCCGGGGGCUUCAGGGGAGGCAGUAGCUAUGCGCCGCCUUUGCCCAGGAUUAACCCUCCUCUACUGCCUCCAAGUAUCAUGCCACAUGGCCUGCACCCGGCUCUAGUCACUCCGGGCCCUAAACAAGAACUCUCUUCCCCUCUCCCCGACACAAGUGUGGCCCCUGCAUUUCCCAGGCACCCACUAGCCAUGUACCACCCGCUGGACUCCAAGUGCAACCAGGGUCGGCCAAGCUCUCGUGGCGACCUGGUGAAUGGCGUGUCGGGUCUCAAUGGUCAUGGUGGCGGGCCACCUCCCAGCCAGCCAUCGGGCCACCCACCUAGCAAUGGCAGCAGCAGCAGCAGCCAACCGCACCAGCCACAGCAGCAGCAGCAUAAUGGCACAGAGAAGAAGCCCCAAAAGCCGACUAACCAUGUCAAGAAGCCCCUCAAUGCCUUCAUGCUGUACAUGAAGGAAAUGCGUGCCAAGGUAGUCGCUGAGUGCACCCUCAAGGAGAGUGCAGCCAUCAACCAGAUUCUUGGGAGAAGGUGGCACAGCCUUUCCCGAGAGGAGCAGUCCAAGUACUAUGAAAUGGCACGCAAGGAGCGGCAGAUCCACAUGCAGCUUUACCCAGGUUGGACGGCGAGGGACAAUUAUGCUAUCAACAGCAAAAAGAAGAAGCGCAAGAAGGACAAGAGUCAGGAUGGAGAUCUAAACAAUCCCAAGAAGUGCCGAGCAAGGUUUGGCUUGGACCAGCAGAGUGAUUGGUGCAAACCAUGUCGCCGAAAGAAGAAAUGCAUCAGGUACCAAGAGGGGCUUGAUGGCAAUGCAAAUGAGAGUGAAGACAACAUAGGUUCGGUGGAGGCACCAACGCCCGAGUCGCACACAAGCCACGGGGGUGGUGAUACAACCACCACAACAAGCACGGGCAGCCCCUGCACCAGCCUGGGAACCCCCGAGCCAAGCCCAGGGCCACCUGUGCGACGUGCCGACUGCUACAGCCUCAACAAGCACCACCCUCUGAGUGUGCACCAUCUGACUGGCCAACCACUCGUCAAGAGGGAGCCCGAUGACCCUGUUGACAUACUGACGCCUCCAUCCACAGAUUCCUCAACCACCCCAUCUUCCUUGCCCCUACUGACGGUCACGUAGCAAGAGUUGCCAGUGGGGCCUUGUGUUGUGCCCCGAGGACAGUGCACCAGCUGGGUGGCUCCCUACUUGCACAUGUGCACAGGACUCCUUUUCCACUCCUCGCAGACUCUUUGAGAGCACUUGCAGACAGUGCACUGGCUGGUGUAAUGCAAGCCUUGGAGAUGGGUGUCUGCAACUGAACAGUGCUUAGUUCCCGAUGACUGAGAUGCCCGUUGACCACCACAGGUUGUGUCACGUGUACAUCCAAGAGCUCACGAGUUGCUUAGCUUGCAGUCACUAUAGCAGUAGGAAUGAAAUUUUGUGCUGCGAAGGUGCAUUGGUACAUAGACACUUGCCAUUGGCCUUGUGAUGUCUCUGCCCUCACUGACUUGAACCCGAUUCAUGAUCCUUACUCGUUCACUGUGCGGCUUUAUGUCAUCAUGACCAGGAAGCUGCUCCAGUGGCCCACAUUUCUGCAAAAGUAGUGCCGUGAGGGCAGCUUAUGAAGGGUCCUUUCCCUUUGACUGUGGAAUCGUAUAAAUGCACUGUACAAGAUUAAGAUGGCACAUGAAAGGCACCCUUGUGUGCCCUCUGUGGGACUUGCUUGAGGAGAUACGCAGUGAGCAGUCUUCAGAAGAGGUAGCAAGUGGCUACGAUGAUCAUGAAGGCAUGGGGACAUAAAGCUGAUGAAUAGCACCUUUUUGUUGCCUUGACAUUUGACAGAAACUAUGAUUUCUAUGAUAACAAGAGUCUGAGCUAAAGCUUCUGAUGAGUGAGCAAAAGAAGUAUUUGUGUGCUGUUGAAAUGAUAGCUGCUGGUGGUCACCAAUAACAUUUGGCUGCGAGUCUCCUGCUAGAAAAUUUUUUUUCUUGAGCUGCUACAUUGUUGAAUGGGGAUUUUGCCUGUAUCAGUGGCUACUUGCUGUCUUGGCUGCUAUACAUUAACUUCCCAGAUUCCACUCACACUGCUAGACACCAGGGUUUGAGCUAUUAUUUGAUGAGGGAACUAUGUGAAAACUGUGUACCCAAUUGCACAAGUUUUCCAAAAAUGGGAGUCUCCUAAAAAUGUUGAAUUUCAUUCACCUGUGCCACACAGGCUGUGAAUUAAAAAAGUACAGUGUGGUGCUUGCACACAAAAGCAUAUACGGUGUUUUUAAACUUCAGAAGGCGUGCAUUAGCCACAAGGAUACCUUUUUUUUUUCAUGCCUAUCAUGUUUAAUAAACUUUAGUUGUCAACAAUACGUGAUAGACUCCUGUUAAAUUUGAUAUUUAACUUCAUCAUGUAACAAGGCCUGACCAACAACUAUGCAUUUUCCCAUAUUUCUUUUAGUAUGUUCAUAUUUAUUAUUUCAUCAGACUUCUUGGUCCCACCGAGAUUAAGUACUACAGUCAACGACAGAUUUUUCGGACCCUCUAGGGAACGUAAAAAUGCCCGAAAAUUCAGGCAGUCAGAAAAAAUGAAUGCAUGCAAAAAAUAAAAAAAAACGAUUUUUGGGGGGGGGGGGGGGGGGAGGGAUGCGAGAACACCUGUGUACUUAGAUUUAGGUGCACGUUAAAGAACCCCAGGUAGUCGAAAUUUCCGGAGUCCUCCACUACGGCAUGCCUCGUAAUCAGAAAGUGGUUUUGGCAUGUAAAACCCCAUAAUUUAAUUUAAUUUUUUUUCUUUUUUUUUCCUCAGAUCUAGAGGUAAAGGGCAAAGUACCAGGCCUCUGAAACCCUGCCAAAACAUCAGUGAAGUGGCUAUAAAAAAAAGGCAUUCAAAAACUCUGUAUGCAGCCGGUUGCCGGUUUAUAAUGUACAUGUGCAUCGUCGGGCAGCCGGUGUUAUUGCUGCAGUGGCUUGAAGAACUUGUUAAUUGUUGUUUGGACGGCGUUCCGGUUGCAUGCAAUCAUAUUCACCCCAAUAUGAGCAAGGGUCAUGUCAGCACUGUACGCCGAUGAAAGAGCCAACAGUGCUCGCGUCAACUCGGCGCUUGUAGGCGGCGCAGGCAUUGGCUCCUCAUUUUCAACAUCGGAGUCUUCUGAAUCCCCCACAACCUGCCUCAUCAGUCAGUUCUACGCCGAUACUAACCGAUGGUACUGCUUUCCGCGCUAUGCCAUCGGCAAGGACGACGAAGAUGGAGUGGGUACCAUCGAAGGCAAGCGAAAUCCUCAAGAUGAGAACAGUGGAGUUUGCUGACGAGCGUCGAAGCACGUAGGCCUAGUGUUGCAGAGCACACUUGACAGAACAGCACAACCACACACCACGCUAGCCAAAACGUGGCCUGCCCAAACAAACGAGAUGGCACCAUAGAAUAAAGAACCAACUUGAUGGCGCCACUCCGGAAACUUUGCCAGAGGCGGAAGUGCGGCGAUGAACAUAGCCAGCGUGGCCAGACCAAAUCGGUGUGUAACGGCCAGAUUCGGCUAGUUGUGGUUCAAAGCGGUGAUAUGCUUCAGCUGCAAGUCGAUUUCCUUCGCAAGGGCGCUGUGCGAGGAGCUAAGGGACCUUCCGUCACGUCAAAAAGUCCGGAAAAUUGGUCGGCGGGGGUUCGAGCACCCGAAAGUUUAGAUGUCCUUAGACAUUGAUUCUAUGGGGCUCGUGGCGGUGCCGCGAAGAUGUCCGAAAUAUCAGGCAUGUCCGAAAAUUUGGGCAUCUGAAAAUUCAGUCGUUGACUGUAUAUAGAAGUUGACUGGUGUGUGACAAGCUAAGCUUUCGCUUACAUCCAUGUUAAUGGUAAAGCUUUGUGCUACCACUGGAACCAUUUUCAAUUACAGUGUCGAGAAUCGUCCUACAGGGGCUCCUUUUUUUUUAAAAUCUCGAUUCAGGAAAUAGAAGAAAGAAAAAUUAUAUUCACAUAUUUGUUGCUCAAUUUGGAAGCUAUUUCUUCAAGUCUUACUAAAAUUGAUAUCAAGCAAGUUGUUUUCGUCAAAAAAUAAAUGUUUCGUAUUAAAUGGUCGUCGGGCAUUUCUAGGUUUCCCUGUGAAGUGUUUGAUAUCAAAAUUGUUCGAAGUCCUCCCAAAUAUAAACAGCUGUGCCUUGUACACAAAACAACCAUGAUUCACCCAUUUGUACAUGGGCUAUUUGUGACAUCAUGUAAAGUGUAUUUAUAUGGUUUGUACUGUUAUCAAAAAAAAAAAAAAGAGGCAUGGAUGUGCCCAUAUGCGCAGUGGGCAGCUAAUGGCUCACAUUUAAAUCUUGCCUUGCACUAGUGGACAUGUGAGGAAUGCUUUUACGGGUGUUGUAUGUGUUAUUGGAAAGGAAAUGGGGCGGCCCUACAAGCUCUGUGUCAUACAUGGACGGUGCAAAGGAACAAAGGGAGGAAGGUGACACUGUGAAGGGACAAGGGAUCAAGAAUUCUAAUGGCUGUGCAUUUUAAUUGAUAGCGUCCAACCUCAAGAAACUGUGUCAUCACCUUGAGAGAACUGCUAGCAGCAGGAUGCUGUCUUACCCUGUAGUGGUAGCUGCUUGCUGUUGGGCUGUGUUUGCUGUACCACCUGCUGCCUCUCCUGUGGCCUGCUGUAGAGAGAGACGUUCCAAUGUGAAUUCCUCUCCCCUUCCUUGUAAAUAGCUCCUACACGAGACGGACAGGACGCAGGGAGCUGGAUAUACUCCCGCCUGUACAGUGAUCAACAUUGCGCCUUCUGCCUGUCUUGUUUACUCAUAUGCCAUGCUGGAGAGAGAAGCGUAACGAUAUGUGCCAACAUUGGGGGGAGGGGGUUUUGUUUCAUACUACACAGAUGCAGUAUUCUUUCCCUUCCCCACACCUUGAGAUGAAAAGAAAGUGUUAGCGGGGCCAUGUACAUAUUAUAUCCUUGUCACUGUGAAGGCUCUCCACUAUAAUUGUGCAGUUUUCUUUCAACUCUCCAGUCUCGUUUCAGCGCGUCAAGAGUCAGCAUAGUGUUAAAACUGUCUGGAACAGAAUCAUUUUUUCCUUGCCAACCUCAUUGUAAACAGUCACCUUCACCUGUUUUUGAUCUCAGCUGUGAGGCGAGAGAUGUUUGCAAGUUCAUGCUCAGAGAAAGGUAAACUUGGAGAAGGCUGCAUUCUUGUACCAAAAAUAUAUAUAUUUUUCUUGACUUGUGACAGUUUAUGUCAUUGAUUUUGUAUUUUCAAGGAUCAGUGUGGGUAGUAAGCUGUGUCACAGUGCUUUCUAUUCUUUGUCAAUUUGUUGUUGUUUUUUCUAGCUAUUACACUCAUUCAUUUUAGUGGUAUGUUUACAAGCGUUUAAUUUAUGUGUUAAUGAGUGUUGCCGAGUGGCAUUUUAUUGAGCAUGCCUAUGAAAUGUAGGUGCCAUGUGACAGGGCCUUGCACCCUUUGAUACCAUACUGUGUUUAAAAAGACAAAUUGAGCUAAUGACCAUGUGCGCCAUUGUAGCUUGAACAUAUCACAAUGAAAUCGUGAAAUUAUGUUUCAUUCCUGUUUCUUAGUUGAGCGACAAAUUCCUGAUUGGUACACUGUGUUGGUAGCAUAUGUGUCAAAUAAUAUGUGUAUGUUAGUACUAAUGAUUUAACCAUCUGCUACAUGUAACCAUGGUGCUGCCAUAGGCGCACAAUCGAGACAUUUUGAACAACAGUUAGACAGGUGUGUCAAGAAAAUAGCAGACUGAAGAGGGGUGUGAUAAACAGCUGCUUAUUUUGGGGGGUAAUAAACAUUUGAUGUGUGGACUAUAAGUUCUUCACUUUUCAAACAGUUAACAUUAAUGAUGCAAUUUACCUAGUAGUCAGUUGACAUUGACCGGUAGACAGCAAAUUUUAUGUCAAGGAUAUGUGCACGCUGUCUGGAAAUUUUGCUUGCAAAAUUAUAUCCUUUGAUAAGAAAGUAUGGGUAAAAUGGGCUGACAGACUUAUGUACUCUUGGGAAGGAGACUGACUUUAUGAUGUUGUUGCUUGAAAUUAAGAGGUACAAAUGGGCAUCUGCUUUACCUUGGUACCUUUUGGCAUCAAUAUUUGUACAUCAUUAAAAUGUAUAGGUCAAGGAGCAUAGAAAGUUAGAACAAAAAGCUUGUGCUUACACAAGCCAAGCUUGUAAUUUUGACCGGCUCUCAGUAAAGGACACAAUGUUAGUAUCUCCCAUACAGGUACAUAUUAAGCAAAAAGGAAAUAAUGUUCUCAAGUACUUUGACACCAUUUCACCCUUCAACUAUAGUGACAGAUCACUAGAUGUUUAUUUGUUCUGCUCCAUCUCCAGUGCUGCAUGGUGAUUGGACCACUAGUCUGAAGACAGUUUUCUCAGUGAAAUCAAAAAAAGAAAGGCACACAUCAGUCUUGUAUUUUUGCUAAUUUGCAUUGUGCAAUCAAAACACAAAUGUUCUGUGUGCCUGCAUAAUAACAUAUACAUAUAUCUGGAUAUUGUUUCCAUAAAUGGAAUAAAAUCAGCUGAAUUAAUAAGACCCAUGUUUCUUUAUUUGGCUUGAUAUUAGUUUUUUUUUAAAAUGUUUUGUACCAGUAACGUAAUAGUGUUUGGGGGGAAAAGUGCUUUUAGGUUUUAUGUGUUUACAUGAUUGGGCGAUUGAGUCAUUUCUGGCAAUGAUGUGCAUGCAAGAGCUCGCUGUUUCUUAGUGUUGCAACAUGUCUGAGCAUUUCUUGGCAAGUUUGAGAUGUCUUGUGUUGUUGUUACAUCACCCAUCAAUUGUCCAGUAACUGUCCAGUCUAAAAAUCAAAACUUUUCUUUAGAGACACUGCUGUCAGAAGUGAUGCGCUCUUACUUUGUUGUUCCUAGUAGGGCAGACACAGGAGUGCAUGUUUGCAUUUUAGCUAUGUGCAAUGAAUUCUGCCUGAGGUCACGUGCAUUAGGUGUCAUUAUUUUUUCCUUUCAAAACAAAGAAAUAGAAUGAGAAAGAACUGUAACCACUAUGCCUGCUAUUUCUCAUUUGUUUCUAGAGGUUGUGUGCAAUUUUUGACAAAAAUGGAAUGUGUACUUGCACAUGUUGUCAUGAUCACAAGUCUGUCUGUUGCAUAUCCCAUUUUCAAAGAUUGAUGUGUUCACUUUGAUGCUAUAUGUUUGUAUCAACUGUUCUCUCUCUCUCUCUCUCUCUCUGUUUUUUUUUUUUUUUUUGAAGUGUACCAUGAGUGGGCAGCUUUGGAAAAAUGAGAGAACUGAGCAGAUAGGUUUGCAGACGUAAUGAAAAAGAAUGUUGCAUUUUUCAUUGAGUUCAUGGCUGGAGGAGUGCUGUAAUGAUUAAAAACAAAUGAAACAACA